ACGAACCAGUCGGCGACCGGCGCGGGCGUAAGGGCGUACUCAUACUCCAUUCAUAUUUAGCAACAAGCGCCGGCUGUCGCGUGUUUUGUGAUUUAACUACAAUAAUAAUUUACCUUCGAAAUGUUCUGAUACGUUAUUUGGAUAUUGAACUGAAACAAUGAAAAAGAAAAUGUGCACGAUGCUUCAUAUAUUAUUUAUAUUGUGCGCGACAGUUCACCCUAUAUUGACUGCGACACCAUUAAUCCUUACGCCGUUUGUCAACCAAAACAACACAGAAGAAGCCAGAAAUCGAUCGGCCGUUGACCCCAAAAUUUUCCUCGAUGUAAGGAGCUAUUCAGGUUUCUUAACUGUCGACGAGAAACACAACUCGAAUCAGUUUUUCUGGUACUUUCCAACAAUAAAUAAUGAUGGACGGGAUAUGCCCUGGAUCCUUUGGCUGCAAGGUGGAUUAGGGUUGACCAGCAUGGCGGGGCUCUUCAAUGAAAUUGGGCCUUUUGAAUACAUUGUAAAUGAUACAAGACUGUCCAGGGGUGGAUAUUUGAAAGAUCGAGAACAUUCAUGGAACAAAAAGUUUUCAAUGGUGUUUAUGGAUAACUCCGUCGCUGAGGGAUACAGUCAUACGAAUAAAGAUUUAUCGGGUAUACCAGCGGAUGAAGAGAUGUAUGCAAGUAAUCUCUUAUCAGCGGUGCAACAAUUGGUACAAAUAUACCCAGAAUUAAGUAAAGCCCCGCUCUAUAUAGCUGGGGACAAAUUUACGGGCCACUACGCGCCAGCUCUGGCCAUGAAAAUCAUGGAGACGAACUCAACAAUAUCCAUUAACUUAAAGGGUAUUAUUUUAGGAAAUCCAAUUUUGAAUGGAGACAGCGUGGCGGAUUAUUCAUCCACAUUUUAUAACUUCGGCUUGAUCGAUCGUCAGGGUGUGCUCGCGGCUAAACCAUUACAGGAUAAAUUUAUUAAGUCUUUGGGAGACGGGAUUGCGAGCAACGCUUAUAGUUUUCGUGAAGACCUUCUAAAACGGCUCAAAGAAAUGUCCGGCAAACGACAAUUAUACAACGCUAUCAAGGAUUAUGUCAAUUUGGAUUACAACUUCUACGACUACAUCACUAAAGCCGAUGUUAGAGAGGCCCUUCAUGUUGGAGACCUUAUGUUUUCCAUCAACGAUUACUCUGUUAUAACAAACAUGCGACGGGACUUUUUAAAUAACGUCACAGCUAAAUUAGAGAAGCUUUUAGAAAAUUAUAGAGUUCUCAUCUAUUGUGGACAGUUUGAUCUGGAAGGCCCAUGCGUUCCAAAUGCAGAGGCUCGUAGGAAAUGGCAGUGGAAGAAGAGAGAGGACUUCCUGAAAGCCCCUCAUCUGCCUUGGUGGUUCAACGAUUCUAUGGCUGGCUAUAUAAAAUCAGGUGGAAACCUAAUGGAAGUGUUAAUAACAGACACGGGAAGUUUAGUGCCCAUAGACAGACCAGCCGAAUUGUUCCAUCUAAUCUCCAACUUCAUAGACAACAAAGAGUUCAACUUUGUUCUUCCACCUGAUUACGUCAUCAAUGAAAAUUACACUGCGCCAUAUGUCGAGGAAACCAAAAUUGAACCUAAUGACGAGCACGUUAAGCUCACUAUUAGCUUGAUCGUGAAUAUAGUUCUUAUUCUGUUACUGUUAUUGGGAAUAGUACUAUUCUUGAGAUUUAAGAAGAAGAUCAAACAGCUCUAUGGACCUGUGAGUGAAGGAGCGAUGAAUAUGAGAUAAUUUAUUACAUAUAUGUUUGCAAGUCUAAAGUGUACUUAACUAUAAACCAUUUGAUAUAAUAAAUCAAAUGACUUAUAUAAGUUGGAGUAAAAAAGUAUGCCAUUUCGUUUUCAUACGCCAUUAAUUAAUGCACAAUAUAAAUUAAAACAAAAAGCAUUUAAUGCCGUAUUAUUUGAAUUAAAAAAAUAGGAGGAAAAAUUAAAAAUUCGUUGAGUAAUUUUCUGUGGUUCCUAUUGUAUUAUCUACUGUAUAAGAACUAGUAAUUUAAUAAAUAAGACCAUGUUAUUUUUUUAAAUAAAUGUUUUACGUGAAA